AUGGGAGCGAUACUCGUCCUCGAUCAGAAUAACAAAGCGGGUGGUGUAUCAACCGCGGUGGGAGCAGAGACUUUCGCGCAAUUAAAACGACCGGAAGUAAUAAUUAACCAGCAGCCUUGGGAAAGGAUAGACGACGGAAACGCGGAUGACGUGAAAAUGGUGCAACGAGCUGGGAAGAAAAAUGGCAAGGGGACGAUCAAGUCUCGACCGUUGGAUACUAGUCCCUGCUCGAGGAAGAGGAAGAGGAAGCAGAGAGAGCGAGAAGCGAGAGCGAAGCUCGAAGCGGAGAAGCAGAAGCUUAAAACGGAAGAGGAGGAACGUUUACGAAAAUGGGAGGAAUGUUGGGAGAGGAAGCUUCGGGAGCAAGAAGAACGAGACAACGUCGAAUGCUGCAUGGCCAAAGGCCUCUGCUCAAAGCCGAGAACUCGAUCGAACAUCUGGGUCAACGUGUCCCGCGACAGAUCCAUUCAGACAAUACACAUGACCUUCAAGCACGCUCCAGUCCCAAGACCAAAGCCUCCACCUCUACCACCACCGAAGACAUCCAAGCCACCAAAGACAUCCGAACACGUAUCCACAGACAGAACCUCGGGAAAGAGAAUCGACAAGAAAAUCGGUACCAGAGGUACCAAGAAGAAGUAA